AGGGAGGAGGGGGCUGAUGUGGUGGCCAGGCAUGAAGCUUGGGUGAGGAGGGAGGUCAAGGUGUCUGCCAGCGAGGCAACAAGGGCCACCAUGGAGAGACAGCAGGCAGGCGUGGCCCUGGGGCUGCUGGAGCGCUUGGCGGCCGUGUGUGACGAAGCCACUGUGUUCCCCCGGGAGCUGCAGCGCCUGCUCAGGGACAUUGAGGCCACCCUGAAGGAGACAAAUGAGGCGUCUCUUGAUGUCCCCGAGGACUUGGUGGCCAAGGUGGCCGACGCCGAGCGGCUGUGUGAGGCCAACGCCCACCUGGCAAAGGAUCACCUGGCAAAGACAGUUCGAGACAUCAUCAAGUUCUUGUUCCCUGGUGGUCCCGCCAGCCUCAGUGCCCGUGAGGUGGCUGAGCGGUGCCAAAGAGCCAUCGAGGACAUUCCAAGGCUCCUUCGACCCCUGGAGUGUCCCCAAAGUGUCCCCAAGGUGUUCCCAGUGACCAUGGAGCUCCAAGAGCUGUCCCCGGCCUUUCUGCAGCCACAGGUCACUGUCGUGGCCAUCCUGGGUGACCUGCUGGCCACCCUGCCCAGUGAGGACGAGAUUAAUCUGCUGUUCACGUGUCCAAGUGACUUUUACAGGGACCUGAGGGUCCUCACCUGGGAGCUCCGGGACACCCGGCACUGCACUGAAGACUGGAGGCACCGCACUGUCACCUGGGAUGAUGAUGACGCUGUCACCUCUCUUAGCCAGGCCCUGGCUGCCUGGGAGAGCACCCCAGGGAUGUCCCAGAAGCGUGUGACAAUGGCAGCCAGGAAUUGGCAGGGGUUGGUAAAUGCGCUUGUGAACAGCUGGGCCAGGCUGGCCAGGAUAGCCACCAAGCUCCCCAAUGCCUGCAGGGAUUUGGCCGCCAAGGCGGCCGACAGGGCAGCCACCGCCACCAGCCAGGCCAGGGAGCUGCAGGACGAGGCUGCCCGUGAUGGGACAGCUCAGGAAAACAUGGUGGAGCUGGGUCAGGCCCUGGGCAGGGAGGAGGGUGCCGAGGUGGUGGCCAGGCAUGAAGCCCAGGUGAGGAGAGAGGCCAUGGUGGCUGCCAGCGAGGCAAGAAGGGCCACCAUGGUGAGACAGCGGCUGGAGGCGUCCCUGGGGCUGCUGGAGCGCUUGGUGGCCACGUGUGACGAAGCCACCGCGUUCCCCCGGGAGCUGCAGCGCCUGCUGAAGGCCAUCAAGGCUGCCCUGAAGGGGACAAUUGAGGCGUCCCCCAAAGUCUCUGAGGACUUGGUGGCCAAGGUGGCCGUGGCCGAGCAGCUGUGGGAGGCCAACGCCCGCCUGGCCAAGGAUCACCUGGAGGGGACACUUCAAGGCAGCAUUAUUUUUCAUUUCAAUGGUGAUGGUCCCACCAGCCCCAGUGCCUGUGGGGUGGCCGGGCAGUGCCAAAGAGCCAUGGAGUACAUCGCAAGGCUCCUUGGACCCCCAGAGCAUCCCCAGAGUGUCCCCAAGGUGUCCUCAGUGAGCAUGGAGCUCCAAGAGCUGUCUCCAGCCCUGCUGCAGCCAGAGGUCACUGCCGUGGCCAUCCUGGGUGAGCUGCUGGCCAGCCUGCCCAGGCAGGAUGAGGAGAUGUAUCUGCACGUCCCAAAGUGCCUGUACUGGGAUCUGAAGAAUUUCACCAGCAACCUUCGCUUCACCCUGUACUGCACUGAUAACACCUGGUGGCGCCACAGUGUCACCUCUGGUGAUGAUGACCCUGUCACCUCCCUCAGCCGGGCCCUGGCUGCCUGUGAGAGCACCCGAGGGACUACCUGGGACAAUGUGACAAAGGCGGCCAGCGAGUGGCAGUGGUUGGUGUCUGUGCAUGUGUACAGAUGGGCUGAGCUGGCCAGGGCAGCCACUGAGCUUCGCAACACCUGCAGGGAGGUGGUCACUGAGGCGGCUGACAGGGAGGCCUCUGCCACUGCCUGGGCAAGGGACUUGCAGGCCCUGGCUGCCCGUGAUGGGACAGCUCAGGAAAACAUGGUGGAGCUGGGUCAGGCCCUGGUCAGGGAGGAGGGGGCCGAGAUGGAGGACAGGUAUGAAACCCAGGUGAGGAGAGAUGCCAGGGUGGCUGCCAGAGAGGCAACAAGGGCCACCAUGGAGAGGCAGCAGGCAGAGGCGGCCCUGAGGCUGCUGGAGCGCUUGGUGGCCACGUGUGAUGAAGCCACCGCAUUCCCCCAGGAGCUGCAGUGCCUGCUCUGGGACACCAAGGCCGCCCUGAAGGGGACAAGUGAAGCAUCCCCCAAUGUCCCCGAGGACUUGGUGGCCAAGGUGGCCAUGGCCGAGCAGCUGUGGGAGGCCAAGAGGCGCCUUGCCAAGGAUCACCUCCUGAGGGCAGUUCCAGGCACCAGCAAGUUCUAUUUCACUGGUGGUCCCGCCAGCCCCAGUGCCUGUGAGGUGGCUGAAUGGUGCCAAAGAGCCAUCGAGGACAUCCCAAGGCUCCUUCGACCCCCAGAGCAUCCCCAGAGCGUCCCCAAUGUGUCCCCAGUGAGCGUGGAGCUCCAAGAGCCAUCCCUUUCCCAGCUGCUGGAGGCUCUGGUCUCCGUGGUGGCCACUCUGGGCGAGGUGACAGCCACCGUGACCGGGCCAUACCGGGGCGUGCGGCGCUGUGUGCCCCCAAAGUUGCUGCACGCGGCCCUGAGGAUCUUCACCUGGAGCCUCCGUAAGGCCCUGGAACGCCCCGGUGUCAGCUCCCUGGAUGACCCUGGUGUCCCCUCCCUGGGCCAGACCCUGGCCACCCUCGGGGCCACCCCGGGGGCCACCUGGGCCGAUGUGAGAGCCACAGGCAGCGCCUGGCGGGAGUUGGUGGCUGCAUGUGAGGAGAGAUGGAAACAGCUGUUCGAGGAGAUCACCGAGCUCCGUGAUGCCUGCGAGGACGCAGCCCUCGCCUGGGCCAGGGACCAACAGGACAAGGCCAUCCGCAGGGGCACAGCUGGGGACAACCUGGCAGCCACAGCCCAGCAGCUGAUGGUGGCCCUGGACAGGGAUGAGGAGGCCUCGGCAGGGGCCACGCACAGUGCCCAGGUGAUGGCGGCCACCAGUGAGGCCAUGGGAGAGGCUGUGGUGGCCCCCAGGCCGGUGAGGGCAGCCAUCAGGAGGAGACAUUGGGCAGAAAUGGCCCUGGAGCCACUGCAGCGCUUGGUGGACGCGUGUGACAAAGGCAGUGAGUUUAUCAGUUACAUGGAGUGCCAGCUCAGGGACAUCGAGGCUGCCCUGGAGGGGACAAAGGAGGCAUCCCCCGAUGUUCCCAAGGACUUGGUGGCCAAAGUGGCCAAGGCUGAGCAGCUGUGGGAGGCCAGCACCCGCCUGUUCAACCAUCACCUUCUGGGGACACUUGGGGACAUCCACGACCUCCUCUUGAGUCCCUAUGGUGGCUGUGGUGGCCCCAAUGGCCCUGGCAGCCGUGCGGUGGCUGACCGGUGCCAAAAAGCCAUUGAGGAAAUCCCAAGGCUGCUUCAGGAUAGUGACAUCACCACUGCAACAUCAUCGCGGCAGUGACGUCAUUGGGGACAUCGCUGUGGUCACCUGUGCCUUCCCUGUGCAGUAAUUGAGACAAGUCUGGGGAAGUUUUUGGGAAUUUUCAUUGAAAUUGCCCCAAAUCCUGAUGGGAAUUCCUGGGGUGACAUCACUGAGGACACUCAGGGACUGGGGACAUGGGUGAAAGUGUCCCCUCAAGAACUUCCAGCUUUCCACUGUGCCUGCAGCAGAGCCAGGGUAUAAAUGACAAUUUAGUAAUUGGCUUCUGCAAUUCUGCAUUGGCUUCUGGAAUUCUGCAUUGGCUUCUGCACUUUUGUAUUGCCUUUUACACAUUUUUAUUGAUCACCAGAAAUUUGAUAUAGUAUUUGAUACUGAUAUUGAUUAUCGAUGAUUCCUUGUAGCUGCUGGUUGGUGCAAUAUUAUCUAGCAGUUCAUGUGUGCACCAUACAGCCUAUUAAUAAAUAAACAGAUAAAUAUCCUCUAUAUAAAUCAGCCUGGGCUGAUCUGAACUCUGUUUUAGACCAAUUACAUGGCCCCAUUGAGAGACGAGUGGUCAAUAAAUUCAUCCCAACAUUUCUUGAGGGGAGCACAGCCAGGGAGCUGCUUCAAGGCACUGUCACUGAGAUAUUUCCCCUUGAAAACCCUGGGUGGGAUGGAAAUACACCCGAGCAGAUGGCAAAAUUAAAAUUAUAUCAAAGCCUCAUGGAAAGUGGGAUAAAACUGGGGGUCUCUAAAGCUGUGAAUUGGAAAAGGCUUUAUCAAGUGAGGCAAAAUUAUGAUGAAUCACCCACUGAUUUUUUAAACAGGUGACUGCCAUCAAAUAUACUGAUCUAUAUAGUGAAUCAGCUGAUGGUAAAGCACAUCUGGUUUUGUUUUGUGUGGGUCAGGCUUCAAAUGAUAUAACAAGAAAAGAUAAAGGGAGUUCAAGACACAGAUAAACUCCUGGAGGUUGCCUGGAAGGUGUUUUGAGACAGAGGCCCAACUGAAAGAGUUAAUCCCAGCCUAGCAAGAAGGCAACUCAGGAAAAGUGACCCAAGAAAGAUUCCCCUAUGGAGAAGGCUCAGAGAGAAUCCUGUAAAAAAUGGGGACAUUGGAAAAAGGACUGUCCGGUGCUGAAAGAAAAAUCAUCAGUCCCUUUCAUAGCAGCGGUCCCCAGUGGGGAAUAAUGAGCAUUGACUCCAUGAUUGCAGCAGGCUGAUCAAUCGCUUUGUUAUACCAUCCUUUACUACUAAGAAAAACCCAUGGUCCUUGCCAGACAGUCACAACACACACGCAGAUCCAAUUGGUCAAUCAAGCCAAACAACCAUCACCAGUGGCCAGUUGUUCUGGUUUGAAAGCAAAAGCAGUGAGAGACCCCAAGUCAGAAAUACAAGUUUUUACACAAAGGAAAAAAACCCCAAAAUACAUGAACCACAAAAGAAAAAUAUAUAUAAAUGUAUAAUGCACAUAAUAAUGAACAUAAAAGAUAUAUAGAUGUAUAGAUAUAUAUAGAUAUAUAUAAAAUACAGAAUGAAACCUUACACACAGAUCUCAUUAAAAUUAGGUCUCUUUGUGGUACACAAGGGGUUUCCCCGUCCUUCUGCAUUACCCACCCAGAGUAACCAGGUCCUGGAGCAAAAAUGUUGGUGCCCUACGUUGGGCCCCAAAAUGAUGUUCUGGUUUGAAAGCAAAACCAGUGGGAGACUCCAAGUCAGAAAUACAAUUUAUUAGAAAAAGGAAAAAAAACCCAAAAGACAUGCAAUAAUACAAAAUAAAACUACUGACAGAGUCAGAAUAUAUCCUGACACCCUGCUGGUUAGGGCACUGGUAGCAGUUGAGAUGAAAUGGUCUUGUUGAAGUCAUGAUCCUGUAGAAAUGAUCUGGUAGCUCUUGUCCUCUGGAAACCAGUGGGUAAGGGCUGCCUGUUCUGUCCCAAAUCCCAGAUUAUAUCCAGGUGAGGAUGCUGAGCUCCUUCCCCCUGGGCAGAUCAUCUCCCAAUGGGCUGAUAUCUUUUUGAGUCAUGAUUGGUCCUUGAUUGCCCCUCAAACAGAAAUGGCUCCUGGAGGGAGUUAUCUGAGAGUCAUCAUUUCAAUUAAUUAAGCCUCACUAAGACAGUGAGCUUCCUUUGCAACUGUCUCUGAAAAACUUAGUGAGUAGAAGAGCUGGACAAUUUUAGUUUUAUUUUGGAAAAUAUUGAUGCUAUUUUGACAAUUAUCUUUUUCCUUUCCUGCCUGCUUCACUUGCUCCCUGCUCUGAUUUUCUCUGAAAAGCAAUAUUGUGUUUACCUAGUAACAAUGGCAGGUAAAUUGUUCUCAGCUGUCAAACAGGAAACUACAAUUUCUAUGUGACCUGGAAAGAUUUCACAGUAACAUCUUUUUUGGUGUCGGAUUGGAAGGUUGGGGAAGCUGGGAGCAAUCAGUGAGAUUCUGAACGGGAGCUGCUGCUCAGUGCAUGGAAUUGAUGGGUUCAUGUAGGGGGAUAGAAUAUAAGUAAAUAAAGGUAAUGGAGAAAGUAAUCUUACCCCCUAAAGAGUUGCAGCUGAGCCAACCAUUAGAGAUUUGGAGAAGGCCUGAUUUUAACAGGCCACAGCUAUAGCUUAAUGAGCCUUAAUUGGUCUUAUCCUAGGGCAAGCUAUUAUAGCUCCAGAGCUCAGCCCCCAAGAGGACUGAGUGCCAGAGGCCAGCUUGCUCAGACCAAGGCCACGGGUCAGCCCCUCGCAAGCAGGAGGAUAUUCAGCUCUUAUAGUGAUUAGCCAGCUCUUAUGAUUUCAGCUUUGCUUGCUAGGUAGCUUGCCCUUGGCUUGAGGCUCCAGCAGACGGUAGAGAGAGGAGAAGGAGAAGACGCCGGCUGUUCCACGAGUAUGGCUUUAUUGGAGGGGUUCGUGAAGGGUCUCAGCUCUUCUUCUUCCAAGUUAGUAGGGGUACAAUAUGCUACUUUUAUAGCCUUGGCCCAGUUCCAGUCUUGACCAAUGGCAAAGGUUAGAGUGACCAUAAGUGACCAAUAGUAGGGUUAACAAGAUAUUGCCUUACAUGGUUUUAGGGAUAGGUUAUAGGGUGGAUGUCCCUGGAGUCAGGAAGCUUCUUUGCUGCUGUGUCAGCAUUUCUAUUAUUCAGAUUCUCCACGGGGCCCUGGCUAAACUUGUGGGUUUCACUACAGUAGCCCAUAAGAAGAGUGUUAUAAAAGAGUGUAUUGGUUGGCUGAGGGAACUGGAAUCAGUUGGCUGCUGUGAGGACAAGGAAGAGUGAGUGCCUGGAGGAGCUGCCUACAAGAGACAUCAAGGAGGUACGAAACUCUAGCGAUAUGGAACCUUUGCAAUGUAAUGACAAUAGAACUCUUGCACUAUAAUGACAACAGAUUCAUUACAGGAGAUCAGGAAAAACCAUAAACCAAUGCCCCUCCCGGUGCCAGCAAGCUCUUGGGGAUGGGAAUAGAAUACAUUCUAUAUUGGAACGUAGGACAGGGCCAUUAAUUAAUAAUUCUCUGCUGCUAAUGGGUAAUUAAUUUUUGAUUACAUGCUGUUCAUGGGCCAUUAUUCUAAAUUCUCUGCUGUUAAUGGGCCAUACAGUAUCACUGCAUGGCUGAUGGGAUGACAUCAUCCCAUUGGGAGAUGCUCCACCCAAGGGGAGGAGCCAAACAUUCCUACCUGGAUGGAAUCUGACGUUGGAACACCACAGCAGCUUUUGCCACUGCAAUUCCCAGAGGAGCAGCUUUCUUCUUACUUUUACUUUAUUUUUUUGUCUUUUUUUAUUAUUGUUAUUUUUGACUUUAUUAUUUUUAUUCUUAUGUUUACUUUGUUUUUAUAUAGUUUUAAAUUAUUUUUAAUUUUUUUUAUUUUAUC